UUGACUGUAAUAUUUGACUAUAAGAAUAAAGUUUGAAGUAGAUUCUAAUUAAAUCCUUGUUAUUUUUUGGAAAACAUAUUAAGCUUUUCAUUUCGUAUUGAUGUUAAAUUUUACUAAUAUAUGUCCGUACUUGUGUUCGACAUAUAAGAUAAUACUUAAAUAUUUAUGAUAAAUAUUUAACAUUGUAAAUUAUACGUUGCCCUAUCAUUUGGACUGGUUUUGUCAUAGAUAAAGAACUUCAGCAAUUAGUUUUAUUUGAUACCUUUCUUAUUUUUGAUCAAAAUGCCUGGAAUAGGAAAAAUGUCUCUUGAUAACAUGUUUUGCACAAGAUGUGGUGACGGGUUUGAGACUAAUGAAAAAAUUGUCAAUUCCAAUGGUGAACUGUGGCAUACAAACUGUUUUGUGUGUGCCCAAUGUUUUCGCGUUUUUCCUGAUGGAGUAUAUUAUGAUUUUGAAGGCCGUAAGUACUGUGAACGAGACUUUCAAGUGUUAUUUGCACCAUGCUGUGGCAAAUGUCGUGAAUUUGUUAUCGGUCGUGUGAUAAAAGCUAUGAAUGCUAACUGGCAUCCUGCAUGUUUCCGCUGUGAGGAAUGUAACAUGGAGUUGGCUGAUGCUGGCUUUAUCAAGAACGCUGGUCGAGCUCUUUGCCAUGGUUGUAACACACGUAUAAAAGCUGAUGGAUUACAAAAUUAUAUGUGCCAUAAAUGCCAUGGUGUGAUAGAUGGUGAACCUCUGCGUUACCGCGGCGAAGUGUAUCAUGGUUAUCACUUCACUUGCGCUACUUGUGGAGUGGAGCUGGAUCAUACAGCGCGCGAGGUCAAGAACCGGCCUGGGUACGCCGCAAAUGAUGUGAACAAUCUAUUUUGCCUACGUUGUCACGACAAAAUGGGCAUCCCGAUUUGUGGCGCAUGUCGUCGACCCAUAGAAGAGAGGAUUGUCACCGCUUUGGGCAAACAUUGGCAUGUUGAGCACUUCGUGUGCGCCAAAUGCGAGAAGCCAUUCCACGGACAUCGUCAUUACGAGAAGAAAGGCCUGGCCUACUGCGAACAGCAUUACCACCAGCUGUUUGGAAAUCUCUGCUACGUCUGCAACCAGGUCAUCGCUGGAGACGUAUUCACUGCGCUAAACAAAGCAUGGUGCGUACACCAUUUCUCAUGUUCCGUAUGUGACACGGCCUUAAGCACGCGCAGCAAGUUCUACGAAUAUGACGAGCGUCCGGCCUGUCGCCGAUGCUACGAACGAUUUCCAGCCGAAUUGAGGCGACGAUUGCGACGCGCACACCAUUACACACUGCGCCGGAACUAAGACAAAACACAGACAGAUCACAAACAUACCCGCUUUAAACAGAAACUAUGCAACAAGCGUGUCACGUGACCAAUUUCAUACAAAUUCGAUUGAAGAUAGUCAGGCCUGUCGCAAAGUAUUUUUGUCUAAUAAUUUUUACAAAUAUCCCACUCUCAUCUGAUUUAUUUUUGAAAUAUUGUCGACUUAUAUACAUUUAUGCGUAAGUAACGUAGAAAGAUUUUUGUGAGUCGUGCACAUUUACUUGAGAAAUUCAAAACAAACAUGCCUUGUGCACACAAAAUCACUGAAAGUCGACCUUGAAUCUAGUUAGAUACUCACUAAUCUGGCUAAUUGGUUACGUAUAUUGUUCCAAGAUUUUGCGUACCCCUUCUUACUUAAUAAAAUUUUAAUAUUUUUGGUUACAGUUAAAAUUUUAUAACGCGGCUUAAAUACUAUGUGCAUGUCUACCAUGUCUUAAACUCAGCUAUUGGUUAUUGAAAAUAUAAUACAAAAGUGCCUUAAUGACUGUUAUGUUUUUAACUGUGCUAAUGAUUAUUUAGUGCUAUAGUUUGCUAAACUGAAAUUGAAUUUUAUAAAAAUAUGAUUUUGUGUUCUUGGUGUAUGUAUAAUCACCAAUUUAUUUACAUAACUUUACGUUUCGAGUGCUUUUAAGAAACCAGCUAACAGAUUGUCACAUCAAGUUCACUGUUCACAUAACUAUUUGAUUUUGGACUAUGAUUAGUUGUUUUUUUUAUUAAUUUAUUACAUGACCUAGGAUACGUGUCCUUUAGUCAGCUAUAAGAACUUUUCGAAAAAAGUGCUAAGAGUAUCCCAUCCCUUUCCAGUAUGACUUAUAUUCGCAUUCAUAUUCAUUAAAAAAGUUUUAUUUAAAUCUUAAAAUGACUUUAAAUGUAAGCAGUGUUUAAUAAACAUCUUUAUAUAAAACUGAGAAUAAGAAUAAAAUUAGGCUUCUAUGUUUAAUUUUUACAUAUACAAAUUUACUAAUAAAUAAUGUUUAAGACUGGUAAAUCU